GUUGAAUGUUGGAAGUUAAAUUAAACAUUUAACCUGUUGUUUUUUUGUUGUUUUUUUUUUUUGGCUUAGGGACAACAUGCCUCCAUCAAAGUCUAAGAAUGUGAUGUCUGAUGAGGAAAGAAAACUCAUGAUUGAGAAACUGAAUGCUGAUCUUGAGGAUUUUGUCGCAGAAAGAUCAAUCGCAGCGAGAAACAAGAAAGCUACAGAUCCUGCAGACAAUAGAACCAUUGACGAAAUUGCAGAGGAACUCAAGAAUCAUCCAGCAUUUAUGACAGACAUUGACUGGAGCAAACCACUCCCUCCAGAGAUCGAGGGCUUAAUGCAACUUAAAUAUGAGACCGAAAACCCAACUGCACGGGCAGAUAGCUACAGAGAUGAGGGCAAUGAGCAGUUCAAGCUGAAGAAGUACAAGAUCGCUAUAGCCAACUACACUGAAGGGAUAAAGAGUCGCUGCCCUGAUGCUGAGCUCAAUGCAAUAUUGUAUGCUAAUAGAGCUGCUGCUCAGUUUUACCUGGGUAACUACAGAUCAUCGUUCAAUGACUGUAUAUUUGCACGUAAAUUUAAACCUGAUCAUUUGAAGGCUAUCAUCAGGGGAGCUAACUGUUGUUACAAGAUGAGUAAAUAUGGUGAUGCUGUACGUUGGUGUGAUGCAGCUCUAAUGGUGGAUCCUGAAAAUGCAGAAAUUUUAGACCUAAGAGUGCAGUCGGAUAAAGGGAAAAGAGCCCAGGAAAGAGAUGAAAGAAGGCAGGCUGCUCUUGACAGAAAGGAAGAAGCAGAGGAUAGGAAACUGCUACAAACUGUCUUGGAUCGAGGUAUCAAGGUGGCCAGUAUGAAGGUCUCUAAAGACGUCAAGAUUGACCCCCUACUUCUGACUGCCCUGGAGUCUCACAACCCUACAGGGGCCAAAGUCCAUCUAGAUGACCAAGGUGUCCUACACUGGCCAGUUAUUUUCUUCUACCCUGAGUACACAGAGACAGAUUUCAUCACAGAUUUUAAUGAAAACUAUAGUUUCAUAGACCACCUGGCACACAUGUUUGGUCCUGAAGUAGAACCACCAACCUGGGACAUAGAACAUAAAUACAAACCCGAAAACAUUGAGAUUUACUUUGAACAUAAAGAUGAAGAAAAACUUUAUCAGGUGUCUUUAGAGUCUACACUGCUGCAAACUUUGAAACAUAAAAAAUAUCUGGUGUAUGCAGGUACCCCUGGUUUUAUUCUAGUCGUCAAAGGUUCCAAAUUUAAAGAGGAAUUUAUGAAAAGAUACAAGUAUUGAUUGGUUUUUUUUUAUAUGUACAAUUAUUCCUGAGAUAUUUUUUGUUAAUAUAUGUAUAAGAACUAUCUGACUAAAAGUGAACAUGUAUAAAAUAUAUUUAUGUUUUGAUUCAUCUCUAAUGUAUUUUAAACACAAAUUUGUUGUUAAAAAAACUAAUAGAAAUUUUAAAUUAUGGUAAUUGGAAUUGAUUUUACUUUUUACAUUGCCAAGAUGAAUUAUUUUAAAAUUGUAUUGUACACCCUGUGAUUUUAUUAAGUUUAAAUAUGCUAGUGGUUUGUACAUGUAGUUCAGUAAAUUGUCCUUAGUCAAAGAGCUAAUCCUACUCUUAAAAAAUUUACUAUAAUUCUGAAAAUGUUUCUGCUCAAGGAUUAAGUAAUAUAGAACAAAUAUAUUUAGUUAUGUUUAACUUGGUAUUAGUAAUCUUUUACUAUUAGACAUACAGAGGCAAAAAAAGUAAGGAAAUAUUUUAAAAGAAUCUUUGUGACAUGUUUGUUUUCAAACAUGAGAUAAAUCUAA